AUGAUAUCUUCUCAUUAUUUGAAGCACAAUGUAAAUACAGAGUGUUUUGCAGAACAAACAUGUAAAUCUCAAGAUUUACAAAAUAGAUUUAAUAAAAAAGGAUGGAUCAGAAAUUUGCUGAAAAAUAAGAAGAAUAAGGUUUCUAAUAAGGAGACUUAUGCCUCUGAAGAUAUUCUUCGUUUGAAGAAGUUUUCUGUUUUGGAUUUUUUUGCUAAAUCUUUCAAAAAAUCUCUUUUUUUUAUGAACAGGAUAUCAGGUUCAUCUUUUAAUAUUUCAACAGAUAUAGUGCGUUCUGAGUGUUCUGGGAUAAAGAAUGAGUUUUUUUUUUCUAAGAAAUUAAUGAAGGAUUACUUGUUUUUCUUAUUAGCAUUGAAACAAAGAGAUUCUGAUCAAUUUUUUUCAAAUCGGCAUUAUCUUAGUCAAAAUGCUAAACAUAAAAAUAAAUAUGGUUUAUUGUUAAACAAAACGUGUUGCAAUUCUUUAAAAUUAAUUGAAAAUGAUCAAAAAAAAGAUUUAUAUUUGCCAAAAAAGUUAUACCCUUCUAGUUACUGUAUUAAGCUAUGGUUAACAUUUUAUAUACCUAAUAUAAUAAGAUGGUUUGUCUAUAUGUGGAUAUUGUUUGUCAUUACAUUUGCUUUGUAUGAACUCAAUAGAGUACUUAAUAUGAUUGAGAUGGGAUUCAACACUUGGUCUAAUAUAAUACAUUCUUUUGUACAUUCUGGGGUAUGGAUUUAUAAUAAAGUUUUUUCUUAA